UUUCAUCAUGACAACAGAGAAGAGUUUGGUGGCUGAGGCAGAGAAUCCUAAACAACAGCAGCAAAAAGAGGAGGAGGUAGCUGCUGAAACACAGAAGCAAGAGGCUUCUUUGGAGGAGGCUUCCCAACAGGUAUCUGAGGGACAUAAUCAAGCUGAACAGAAGCAGAAGGCUUCCAACGGUGAUACCCCCACACACGAAGACCAAAACAAGAACAAAGAGCGCUGCACGUCUGAGAGUCGGGGCCUGUCACGCUUAUUUUCAUCAUUUCUCAAAAGGCCCAAAUCUCAGGUUUCUGAAGAAGGCAAAGAAGUGGAAAAUCCACAACAGACAGGUGAAGGAGGUCAGAAAGAGAGAGAUCUAGAAGCCAGUCCUGAUGAAGAGAUUCUACUCAAGGCCCCAAUAGCAGCUCCUGAACCUGAACUCAGGACUGACCCAUCUUUAGAUCUUCAUUCAUUAAGCAGCGCAGAAACACAGCCUGCCCAGGAAGACAGGAGAGAAGAUCAAGACCUUGAGAUUAAGGAAGGAGACGGAGUGAACGAAGAGUGUUCCAAGGCAGAGUUGAAAAAAGAGAACCCUGAGACAAAAGCAGACCAAGAAUUAAAAGUCACUCAGAGAUCAGUAAGAAGACACAGAAAUAUGUACUGCAAGGUUUCCUUGCUGGAUGACACCAUUUACGAGUGUACUUUGGAUAAACAUGCCAAGGGUCAGGAUCUACUUAGAAAAGUAUGUGAACAUCUCAAUCUUCUAGAAGAAGACUACUUUGGACUGGCCAUUUGGGACUCUCCAACUUCUAAGAUAUGGCUGGAUUCUACCAAAGAAAUAAAAAAACAGGUUCAUGGAGGCCCCUGGAACUUUACAUUCAAUGUGAAGUUUUAUCCACCAGAUCCAGCACAGCUGACAGAGGAUAUAACAAGGUAUUAUUUGUGUCUUCAGCUUAGACAUGACAUUGUUACAGGACGUCUGCCUUGUUCCUUUGCCACACUGGCCCUGCUAAGUUCUUAUACAGUCCAGUCUGAAUUGGGAGAUUAUGACCCGGAGUUACAUAACACAGAUUAUGUCAGUGAGUUUAAAUUGGCCCCAAACCAGACAAAGGAACUUGAAGAAAAAGUCAUGGAACUGCAUAAAACAUACAGAUCCAUGACUCCAGCCCAAGCAGACCUCGAAUUUCUUGAGAAUGCAAAAAAGCUAUCUAUGUAUGGAGUUGACCUUCACCAAGCCAAGGACUUGGAGGGAGUUGACAUCACUCUGGGAGUUUGUUCCAGUGGCCUACUCAUCUAUAAAGAUAAACUGAGAAUCAACCGCUUCCCUUGGCCCAAAGUGCUGAAGAUUUCUUACAAAAGGAGCAGCUUCUUCAUUAAGAUCCGGCCCGGGGAGCAGGAACAAUAUGAAAGUACCAUUGGAUUCAAAUUACCUAGUUAUCGGGCAGCUAAGAAACUGUGGAAAGUCUGUGUUGAACAUCACACUUUUUUCAGGUUAACUUCCACUGAAACACUUCCCAAGAGCAGAUUCCUGGCACUGGGCUCUAAAUUCCGUUACAGUGGAAGGACUCAGGCCCAGACAAGACAAGCUAGUGCCUUAAUUGACAGACCUGCUCCACAGUUUGAGCGAACAGCAAGUAAACGGGCAUCUAGAAGCCUUGAUGGAGCUAAACAUACGUCUCAAGUUGAGGUCAGACCCAUAGUGGAGGAGAAGCAGGAUGAUGUGGUGAUGGUUGAGAUUCCAGAAUCAAAACCUGUGGAACAGUUCCGAGAGAAGCCAGCCAAACACACUUUUGAAAAUAUUGAGAUGAAAUCAAUAGCAGAAGAAGAGGAAGAAGAGAAAAUGGAGGUGUUUAAGGUUACUGUUCCAGAAUCAAAAUUAAUGGAACCAUUCCAAAAGCAGCCAGUCAUACGUGUCCAUGAAAAUAUUGAGAUAACCCCAAUAAAUGAAGAGGAGGAGGAGGAGAAAGUAGUGACGAUGAAAGAUCUAGAGCUAGAGCCCAAAUUUCUCGAACCAGUCCAAAAGGAGCCAGCAGUAGCGGUGAUUACACCUGACCGAAGCCCACGGCCAACUUCUGCACCCGCCAUUGCUCAGAGACAUGUUGCUGAACCUACCCCACCAGCUUCAUCUGAUACCAAGGAAAUAGUAGUAGUCUCUAAAGUGGAGAAGGAGGCAUUGGAUACUGAAGGAAAGCGUGAAGAAAUGCCAUAUGAGUUGGUCAAGAUGGAGCCACCUGAAGUAGCCAAGGUGGGGAAAACUCACAUCGAGGUCACAUUGCCUACCACAAAUGGUGACCAGCCCCAGCAGCCUGCAGAAAAAGAGGAAGAGCCGAUAAGAAUGAGGAAGAAAAGAUCAAAGAAACUAGAUGGUGAAAACAUUUAUAUCAGGCAUAGCAAUUUAAUGUUGGAGGAACUAGAUAAAACUCAAGACGAAAUAAAGAAACAUCAUGCUAACAUCAGUGAGCUGAAGAAGAACUUUAUGGAGUCCGUCCCCGAACCCCGGCCUAAUGAAUGGGAUAAGCGCCUGUCUACUCACUCCCCCUUCAGAACAUUUAACGUCAAUGGGCAAGUCUCCACUGGAGUGGAAGGAGUCAAGAAAGCCACUAUCCUAUCCUCUGAAAGAAGGGUUGGUGGGCCAGAGCCCCCCAGCUACUUUCUCCCUGAUACUCAUCACUUAGGGGUGUGCAAAGAACCUGUCCCAAAAUACCAGACUGAUCAAAGGAGGUUGGCUCAACUGAGAGAGCUUAGGGCCAAAUUUUUUCUUUCAUAGAUGCACCCGCGUUGGCCAACUGAAAGGCUGGAAAACAUUUUACAAAUAAACUGCAACAAAAUUUCCCUAGACAUUUUUCACAAAUGCUAAAGCGUUUGUGUGAUACCAUGUCCAUUAUAGUUACACAUUCUUUAGACCCUCAAGACACAGAUGCACUAAAAUGGAAAAUAAAAUCCAUGAAGUUUGGAGUGUAUUCAUAUUACAUACUCCUGAUUUCAAAGGGAUUGAACAUUUUGCAAUCAUAGCUAAAUAUCAUUUGAAAAAAGUAGACAGUUUGAUAGUUUUCAUUUGCAAUAUCUUCAAAAUAAGAUUAUAUCAUCUAUAUUAAAAUCUUGAUAUCAAACUUUGAGUUAAUGCCACCUCGAAGGCCAGUGUAAUAUAAGAAAUUGUAAAAGACUGCAUUUUGUAUUGUAUCAUUUGAAUUUGUAAUACAUUAACUUUUCUCAACAAUUUCAAUUGUGGAGCACUUAAAUACUAGAUUUUAACUUUAACCUUCUCUCAAAGGAAAAUUGUGAAUACAUUUGAACAUUGCCCUAAGACUAGUGGAUUCUAUGGAGAUGGUCACAUUCAGAGGCUAAAUUGGAGGAUAUUGCUAAAGUACUUCUAUCCUGAUUGAGCCUCCACAGUAUUUGUUCUUGACAGCAAUUUGCCAAUUUAGUAAUAAAUAUUUAUCAGAAGACCUGUUCUAAAACUUUGUGCAUCCCCAAGUACCAUUUUGAGCACUUCCCAUCUGUCAUUUUUGUUCAUCUCUCUGUCUUUCUUGAUCUUCUACCACGAAAGGAGACACAGGAACGUCCUCUGUUAGUACAGGAUGAAGACAAAAUAAAAAAGCAGAUGCCUACUGAGACUGCAUUGCCCCAGCAAGCAAAAGAAGAAAUUCCUCCAAAGAUUUCUAUUCCAAUUCCUGAGGAGCAGAAAUCACUCAAAAAAUGCUACCUGUACUCUAGUACUUUUCCUUCUCUGCGCAUUCCCUUUAUGAUGUCCCUUUUUAUGGUACUUGCACUAACUUUGUGGUGGUUGGUCUUUCUGUGAUCGGAAACAGGGUGCCUAAUUGAAACCUCAUGACCACAACUCUUGAAUUGUCAACAGCAUCUUCUACUGUGUCUUCUAUAUGUUACCUUCUGAUCUGACGUACGAACACUCUGCAAGUGUAUUUUUUAUCAUAAUAUUUUACUUUUACUUUGUAUAGUGUAUGAUUUGAGAUUUGAAAGGAGUGGCACUGGCAGAUUCUAAAGGAGUGGCAUUAAUGCACUGAAAUUUGAGCCUUAGUAAUCCAUAGACUAAAGUUUAAAAAGCAUGUUACCUAUUGAGUAUCUGUCUGAAUGUCUUAAGUGCUGAAGCGGGCAUGCUGACAGUGGCUAUUUUGCUUCUGUAGACUUCAAAGACAUCUUGCAUAGCAGUUUUUUAAAAGAUUUGAUUUGAAGAUCACUCUUAUUCUUAAAACCAGCACUUGCAUACAUUUAUGAUGUUUGUGGUGGGGAAAAUUCUGUCUCAAAUAUUUAUUCAAAAAGCCUGAGAUGAUUCACAACAGAGAGUCGCAUCCAUAACCACUCCUUUUCUAAGAAAACAAUAUUAGCAUAUAGUUGGCUUUUCUUUAAUUCAUAAAGGCUUGGUGUCAGUGGCAGUCUUAGGAAAAUUUCAUAUAUUUACAUAGGGACAGGCUACUUCAACUGUCCCCUUUAUGGAAGAUCCUUUUCAGGUCUUACUACUCUCUUUGCAUAAGCAUCACUGUUUAUCUUACAUAACUGAACUCUCCUCUGUAUGAAAAUACUGCCUAACUUGGGGGGGGGGGGGGGGAGAGAAAUCCUCAUUAAAAGCAGUAUUUAUUUAUUGUAAGGUUAAAACCAUUUGUUUUUUGAAUUUGACCUCGGUGCACUGUAGAUAUGUUCUUUCAAUUUGUGUUGAACUCAUUGAAGUGUGUGUACUAAUGAACAUGUGAAUGGGAGUAACAUGCUGUUAAGUAUACGUCCUAUGUCUGCAUGUUGACUAAUAGCAUUGUUAAGUUUAUCAAAACAUAUAAAAGAGCAGUGAGUCCAGACCAUAGUUACAGUGUUAAAACCAUUAUUAUUUUGAUUUCUUUAACAGAACUUUUGCAUGCUGCUUGUUUUUUGUAACACUUUUGUAUAUAUAUGGAUUAUUUGGUUUAAAUUAUCUAUAUUUAAGUUUAAACUUGACUGUAUUGUUACUGAUCGAAUUGUAUGAGAGCAAUGGUUUGAUGUCAGCUGGGCUGAGCAGACUUGGCCCAGAAAGUAGAUGGAAGAUGGGACUCUUUCUUUUGGGCAGCUACUUCUCAGUAUAUAAUAAUCAGGGGACAGAUCAGCCAACCUACUAAAGAGUAGGAUGUAGUGUGAUUGUAUUCUAUUGCUUUGUCUAGAGGAUGAGUGUAAAUAAUAGUAAAUAAUAUUGCUCAGUAUCUGCCAUGGUGUUCACACUAAAGAGCUAUAAGAGAAUGGAAGACACUUGGAUAAAAGGGACUAAAAUCUAUGUCUCUAUUUUUCUUUAAAGAGCUAUCUAAAAUAAGACUGUACAUAGAAAGUUAAUGUGCGUGUAUAGGUGUGUUCAUUCUCACACUGGGGAAAGGAGAGGAGACAAAUCUACGAGUGUGAACAGAAUUGUGCACAUGAUCUUAAAGUAUCUGAACUGCAGCUCUGUGCUCAUAAGUGUGUAAAUUGAGGUUCUCUGAACAGUCUCUCAGAACUUCAGCUAGGAGGAAUCUUGUUAGUGAGCGAAACGUUAAUUUUGUUUUUAAUCUCAUGAGAAUGUUCAUGAUUUUGGCCAUUAUUGCUUGAAUACUGAGUUCCGAUAAGUUCACCAGUUUGUGCCCUCAGGAUUUUGCUUGGUGUGUAUACCAUUUAAUUGAAAAGUGACAUACCUUUUAGUAGCAUCAUAAACUUUCUGUUAAAAAUAAAUUCUGAUAUUGUACUGACGCCAAACAAUAUACAUUGAAGCCAUAAUAUACACAUUUUUCCUUUGUAGUUAUUUAAACACAUUAAAACUAAAUUAAGAAUCAGAACAUUAACAUUGAUGUGCAGAUACAGAUUUAUACAUAGAAUAAGGGGAAAUGCCACUUAAAAGGAAGCAUGCACUGGAUGGCAAAAGAAACUAAGUGUAUACUCUUUGGGAUCUUACCUAGAAGAAGGUUUGAACAUAAUGUUCAAGAGAUCUCUCAUUCCAGGACAAGCAGAGUUUAUAUCUCUACUCAGUUCAUCUCUGAACUUCCUAAAUAAAAGAAUCUCUUUAUUAAAUUUAACUUUGAAAUGAAGCUGGUUUCUAUCAGCAAAGGACUUUUGAACUACAGGUAGGUUGGGAGAGAGCCUGACACAACAUUUCUCAGAACUUCAUGUCCUCUUCAGAUAUAGUAAUUAAUUAAUUGUACAAGGUAUUAAUAAUCUUUUUAGCAAUUUAGAGGUCAGCUUCACAUUGUGAAGGUGAAUGGCUUUCAUUUGAAUAGACUUACACCAGUCAAACAAAUCUGUUUUUCAUAGAAAUACCAGUUAUCUCGUGGUAAAUACUGCAUUACUUUCAAGCACCAAUAGGAUGUGGUUUUGUCCGCAUUAAAAAUUCAUGGAGCAUGAACAUAAGGCCAACUCCAGUAUCCUUGAGCUGGCCUUUACAUUCACUUCCUGUAAGCCAACUUCUUUGUGAUCUGCUUUUUGAGUGAAGGAAUAUCAAAGAAGAGACUUAAAAUUUUGCUUUCACUAUGUAUGAGGUUUUACUCUUUUUUUUCCCACUCUUGGGCUGGAGAAGUCUUAUGCUUCUUGGGCUUCUAAAUGAAGAGACAUAUAGAGUACUGUAACAGUGACUGCAAUUUCGACAGGACAAAAUUUCAGUGUAGCUCUUGAAUAUGUAUAUAAGUAGACCUGUGCUAGGUCUUCACCAGUCCUGGAGAGAGAACCUCAAUUCUCUUUGCUUACAGGGCAUAUUGAAGUACAGUAUUACCACAAAUCCAUAUUUUAUGGUAAGGACAGAUAAAAUCUUAAUUGUAUAUGCAUUUAGUAUCUCAAGCUCUCUUGCAGCCUUGUAUUCCUGUGAUUCUGUAUUGCAGUACAUACAUAAAUCAUAUACCUAUUGCUAUAUUUCUGUGCUUUCCAUUAAGUCACCUUAAGAUGCAACACUGAAAUAAAAACAUUAUAUGAGUAAUACACAUUUAUGUAUAUAUAAACAAUUAUGUAUGCUUAUGUGUACUUAAUGUAGUACAGUUUGCAAGGAUAUGUUUUCCUUUUAUGUCUAUUGCUAGCAGAGAUACUUUAUCAGUAUGAGUUAAUUUUUGUAGAACUGAGACAGUCUUAAAAGGUGCUUCAAGAGUUGUUGUUUUCUUGCAACUAAGUAUUUCUGGUGUCAGAUUAGGUGCAGAAGAAGAUCUCUCACACAGUAGCUUAGUUCAGUGGUUUUCAAAGUAUGGGUCGCAACCCAGUACUGGGUUGUGGAAUGCCAGGCACUGGGUCACUUUGCUGUAGGGUGACCAGGUGACUAGUGGGGGUUGUUAAGGUAGACUUCCUGCCAGUUCUGGCACAUGGGCUGCACUAUACCCCACAAGUAGCCAGGAGUGGGUUCACCUCUCAGGUGGUGGGCCAAGGGGCUCCAUAUGCUGUCCUCUCCCUGAGCACCGGCUCCACACUCCUAGGCUUGCGCACCUCUGCCUAGGACUCAGACCUGCUACUGGCUGCUUCUGGGGCAUGGCUGGUCUGCAGUGCCAAGACAAGCAGGAAGCCAGCAUUAGAAUCCCCGUUGCUUUACUGACUGUGUCGCUGGAGGUAAGCCUGUGCCCAACCUGGUGUACCAAACCCUUGCCCCAGUCCUGAGCCAUUUCCAACACCUCAAACCUCUCUUCCCCAGCCUCACCCUGGAGCCCACACUCUUGUCAAAAGAUAUAAUUAUGUUGGGCCACAGGUAUCAAUAACUUUCUUCAACUGGGUCAUGAGAAAAAAAGUUUGAAAAUUGCUGGCUUAGUUUAAAGGUAGAUGUCGCAGCUUUCAUGAAGAAAGACUGGAAAAAUGUGUCUUGCUUUGUCUCUACCUAAGAGGAUAAGGUGGAGUGCCCACAAACCACCUAACCUACUGGCCAACUGUUAACCUGUCAGUGUCAUACAUUAAUUCAUGGUGGUGCUGAUCUUAUUGUCAUUAGAGAGCCUCAUCAUUUGUAUAUGGCCAAUUAAGGUCUGUUGUCCAGAUAGUGAGGAUAUUUGUUUCUCUGAAGGGAGAGUGAACGUGUCAGCAGGAUGCAUAAAAUGUAACCUUGCCGAGGUUUAUGUGAACAAGAUUGAGUUCCUACCUAUAAUCUUUGAUCUCUUAUAACUCAGGAAGUUUCAGCAACACCUUGAUACCAGUCAUUGGGUGCUUUAUAAAUACCUAGAUGGAUAGACACUGCUAACGGUGUUCAGAUGAAUUAGCCUUAAUUAUUUCCCAAUGUUUUUCAUUCUCAUACCUUCGAGUAUCAUACCAAGACUUUGCUUAACUAAGAUGUCUGUGUGCUGUGUAGUUUAUGUAAAAUGGGUGAUACACAGUCCAGUUAGAGGCAGAAAUAAGAGCCAUCUCUCCAUGGCUUCUAUCUAUUAUAGUCUUUGGGAUGUAAAGUUUAAAACUCCAGAAUCCAUUGGUUGGUUGUAUAUGUAAUGCACACAGUUAAAUAGAAGUCAUUUUAAAUUCUGUGAAUCUUAAUUUAUUUGUGUUGUAUCAGCUUUGCUAAACUCCCUUGUGGAGUGAAAUGCAAAAUAGUGUGCUCUUACCCACAUUUUCUUUCAAACGUUAUUGGCACUUUGAAGCAGGUUUGAAUUCCCCAGUGGCUGUCUGUUUCAAGACCAGGUAUCAUUGGAGACUUUUUACUCAGUAUGGGUAUGUCU